UUUAGUCUUCUAGCCAUUCUCCUCUGAUGCGUCGGGAGGAAAAAAGGGAGGCAGGCAGAAGACCAAACUUCUGAUUCAUCAGCGCUUAAAAAUAGUAGGGACGAUCAUGGAAGCCCGGAGGGUUUGUGCGAGAGGGCUGGCGAUUUGUCUCUGGCUGCUGUUUUCUCACGGGUCCGGAGCUGGAGCCCAGACACUGGAGAUCCUGCAGACUCCGGGACCCUUGUCCGUGCGAGCAGGGGAGACCCUCACCUUGAACUGCACAUUGACUGGACUUGGUGGGCCAGGUGGCGUGAAAUGGCACAAGGGGCUGGACAGGAGCCAACGACCCGUUUAUAGUCAAAGGGGAGACUCUUCCCAGCGGGGUACCAUGAUUUUUCCUGAAUCCCUCACAGACUUCAGCAUCAGCAUCCCCAACAUCCGACCGGAGGAUGCCGGCACCUAUUACUGUGUGAAGUACAGGGCAGGAAGCCCAGAGAGAGAAGAGAAAUCUGGGCAGGGCACGGAGGUGUCUGUGAUUGCCACACCAUCCUCGCCUUCCAUCAGCGGCCCCACAGGCAGAGUGGAGUCAGGGGCCGUGGUGACCUUCAACUGCCCCUCGGACGGAUUCUCCCCCCGAGACAUCACACUCACCUGGACAAAGGACGGAAGGACAAUCCAACCCUUGCAGACCAAGGUCCUGCCAGAAGGAGAGAGUAUCUCCUACCAGGUCUGGAGCACCGUGGACGUUUGGCUCACCAAAGACAAUGUGAAGUCGCAGCUCGUCUGCCGGAUCACACACAACACCUUACCGAGCCCCUUGGAGCAGAGUUUUAGCCUUGGCGAGGUCCUAAGAGUUCCCCCCAGCGUCCGAGUGGAGACCAGUCCCUCUUCUCCCGUGCCGCUCAACGGCACCGUGUCUUUCACCUGCAGCGUGGAAAGUUUCUAUCCAAGUGACGCCACCUUGAUCUGGCUGGAGAACAACACCAAGAGCGAGACGGCGACGGUGGAGGCCGUGACCCAGAACUGGGACGGGACGUCCUCCCUCAGGAGCACCUUGGAGGUGAAAGCGACCGAGGAGAGGAACCUGUCGGUGUUUACCUGCCUGGUUGCCCAUAAUUCUCAGCCGCCCGUCAACGAAACCGUGACCCUGAUAAUCCAGCCGCAGGCUGAAGGUAAUGAGAGUGCUCCUGAGUCUGAAACAGGUGAAAAAAGUGUCUUUAUCAUCGUUGCGGUGGUGUGCGCCCUUCUGGUUGUGCUGGUGGUGGCGAUCAUCUACCUUGUCCAAGCAAGGCAUAACAAGGGUAAAGACCCUACAUCAGUAAGGCUGAAUGAAUCUGAGAAGGCUUCGGGGAUGACGAAUCAGGAGCCCGAUCCCAACAAUGUCACCUAUGCGGACUUAAACACUAAUAAUCUUCCUAAGAAAAGCCCCAGCCAGGUGGUGGAGAUCAGCCAGCAGACGGAAUACGCCAGCAUCCAGCCCGCCAAGCCGGCUCCCAAUGACGACGUCACGUAUGCCGAUCUGGACAUGGUGCACCUGAGCAAAGCCCCCAAAAGACCCGCCCCGAAACCAGAGGAAGCCAGCUCGGAAUACGCCAGCGUGCAGGUGCAGGGCAAGUGACCGUUGGCGAUGGGUCGUCGGCACUCUGCGGCUUCCUGGCCCCCCUUUGAGGGGGUCGCCGGACGCCUUCUUGCUGGGCUCGGAUUCUUGGCUUUGUCCUCGGGCCGGGCCUCGAUGGAGGUGCCACGGGAUUCGCCUGCCACGGGGUGGCUCCUGCAGCUUCUUUUGAGUGGAACAUAACGUACGUAGCCAAGGUCAAGGGAAGAAACCCAUAGGUGCUACACACAACUGCAUCCUGCGAUUUUGGGCUAGUUCGUGGCGCCUCUUCCUUUCCUGCUUGCCAAGUGAGGAGGAAGAGGCCCUAGGCCAACGAAGGAUCUAACACAUUUUUUUUCCUUCCUCACUGGAACGGUCACUCUCUUCUUUCCAUUCGUCCACCCACCUCACGGAGCCGGACGACGCUGCCCCAGGUCCGCAGGCAGAACAUAAUAAUGCCCGGCUCUGCCUGUCGAAGGCCUGGCGCUUUGAUGCCAUCUUGAACCACCGCCAUGGAGGCGGCCCACACGAAGUACUUUCUACUCGCCCUGCAGUAGAAAUAAGCUAUGGGACACCAUCCCCAUCAAGACUCUAAAUUAAAUUAACGGUUGGCAGCCCCUGGGGGGGGAAAGCAACGGCCCCUUUCCCGGGUUCUCCUGGAGGGAACGGAGCCUCUUUGCUCAACCCAGACAGGGGUCUGCUUUGCUUUCGAUGGCUGUCAUCCACCGAUAUUUCCUUUUCCUCCCCCAGGCGAUACGUCUUGGGACAGUGCCUCUCUGCCUAUAGCAACUUCCUAUAAGCCCGGAUCGCCCUCCUUUCCCCGCUUUGCUGGCCCCUGGGGGCCGCUCUCUGGCAAAGUCAAAUCUUUACAGGAGCCUUCUGGUGUGCUGAUCUCUGCCUGCUUCCCUCCCUUUGUGUUCCUUUUACCCACCCACCCCCACUUUUUAAUUUCAUCCCCAAAUGUUUCUAGUGCUGGGGAGGGUGGCUUUGGAUGGCAUAUGGCCGUCUCUGUGAUGGGCCUUAGGAGGAGAGAGGGGGACCACGUUGAAGGAAGCCACGCUUCUUUCUCUUUCCCUUUCUUUUCCACGCCCAGAGUGCAUGUCAGUGGGAGAGUAACUUGAGCCACAGAACUGCAUUCGGUUCUUCUCUAUGUAUGUGCGUGUGUGUGCGUGAAUGUGUUUGUGUGCCUGCAUGUGUAUGUGUGUGCAUACAUGUGGGCAUGCACAC